CAAAUUAUUGUUACAACGCUGGGAUCCCUUUGAGAACGUCCUCUUUGAGAGUCGGGCUUACAGAUUCCUUUCCAAAAUAAACAUCACACAUUGCUUCCGUAAAAGGCUGRGAACGAAUGGUUCCCACUCCGAGACCGGUUUUGAGGAGGAGUGUGUCGCCUCGGAUAGUGAGCUCGAUUUCGUCUCCUUCGAUCAAGUCGAUUUUUGGAAAAAGUUCCUUGAACUCGUCCAAUGUCUCCAGGUUCUUCCCGUUAAGGCGUGGUUCGAUUGCCUCGUUCAAGGCAGCAAUGAAUUUGUCCACUACCGCACAKUAUUCAACAAAAACAAUAGUCAUGAAAACAUCAACCAAAGGGGCCGGCGGGCGGACGGACAGGCKUCUGUCAGUUUGAAAGGAUCGGAAAAUAAAACAUGGAGGUCGACAGACGAAAAGAACAAAAACUCACCGGACAAGCCGCGAUUCAUGACGAUGCGGAUGGUUCGAGGAUAGGUUGGAUCUACCAGAGCCCCUUCUAUGUCUGCUUGCGUGCCYUUCUUUACGGCCGCCAUGGCAAUAGGAUCAAAAUAGGCUCCCACGGCGUAAACCUUCACAAAGACGUAUUUGAUUCGAACGCCAACACCACCCAGAGACAUGCCAUUACAGAGAGCAGGAAACGAAAUCUUCGUCGCUGGCUCGUGGGUGAUUUUUCCCACCGAAAAGACAUCUCCGGACGUUGGAAUUCCAUUGGAUCUCCUCCGCACGGCUUCGCAUUCGCAGUGGUCGCAAGAMAGGGCACCAAGGGACAAGACGCCGGUGCUGGUUCGAUUGUUGUAAUCAAUUGUUACCGCAACGACCMCCAUCACACCCACCAGAGCGGUUCGUCGCCAGGCCGAUUGGUGGCUCGACGUAGCGGUGGCAGCCGAGAGAGCUCGCCUCGCCACGAGGCGGUUGGGGGGCAAACACACCCGUUGCUGCACAUGGUGCUGGGCCGUCGCUGCCCAGCGAGAGGAGGAGAUGAUGAGUGAUCGACAGCUGGAAGCAAAAUAGUGUGGCAUCCUUUUUCUUUCCUGUCGUUUAGAUAUUUGCACCGYAGUUUCAAUGGGCACGCCGAGAGUAGCAAAACACAAGUGACUYGAUCACUAUCAAUA